UGUGGCUUGAAGCAUUCCAAAGCUUGUUAGCAAAUACACAUCAUAGUCACUAACGUAUCCCUACAGUUAUGUGGAUAGGAGAUAACCUGGUCUCCAGUGCAUCAAGGGAACUUCACUGCAAAUGCUUCUUGCUGUCCUGUGUGGUCGUGUUUAACAAUGAAAGUUCUCACCCUGUUUCUUCCCUUUCAGCGUUCGCCCAGGAUGACAGCAUGGUGCAGCUGCCUGGUGGGAAGUUCCAGAUGGGAUCCAGCUCCCUGGAGAAGAGGAAUGAAGAAGGGCCCGUCAGGGAGGUGACAGUGAAGCCGUUUGCUGUAGACAAAUACCCCGUCACAAACAGGGAUUUCAGGGAGUUUGUCAGAGAAAAGAAGUACAAAACAGAAGCAGAAGUGUUUGGCUGGAGCUUUGUCUUUGAGGAUUUUGUAUCUGAAGAGCUGAAGAAAAAGGUCACCCAAAAACUAGAGUCUGCCCCUUGGUGGCUGCCCAUUGAGAAGGCGUUUUGGCGACAGCCCUCAGGUCCUGGCUCCAGCAUAAAGGACAGGCUGGACUACCCAGUGCUGCAUGUGAGCUGGAAUGAUGCGCAAGCGUACUGUGCCUGGAAAGGGAAGAGGCUCCUGGCAGAGGAGGAGUGGGAAUUUGCUGCCAGGGGAGGACUGGAGGGAAGGGUGUAUCCCUGGGGAAACAAGUUCCAGCCAAACCGUACAAAUCUAUGGCAGGGAGAUUUCCCAAGGGUUGACACGGCUGAAGAUGGUUAUCACGGCGUCUCACCAGUGACAGCAUUCCCUCCUCAGAACAGCUAUGGGCUCUAUGACCUGCUGGGGAACACUUGGGAGUGGACUGCAUCCGAGUACCUGACCCCAGGGCUGGCAUCAAGGCAGCGUGCUCAGAACAUGCGGGUCCUGCGAGGUGCCUCCUGGAUCGACACCGCCGAUGGGUCCGCAAACCAUAAAGCUCAUGUUACUACCAGAAUGGGGAACACACCAGACUCAGCCUCCGACAACCUCAGCUUCCGAUGUGCUGCCGAUGUUCUGCCUCUCGUGGCCAAGGAAAGCUGGACCAAACCUGAGCUCUGAGGAGGUCACUUGCUCUGGAAGAGCUGAGGGCAUUUUCUCCUGUGGAGAUGAACAGCAACCCCCAGCAGUCACUUUUGUUAAACCCCAGGUUAACACAUUAAAUACUUCCAGCUAGAA